UUAGAAACUAAAAAAAUGGCUGGCCCAUUUAUAUCGCCAUUACCGGGCGAUCUGCUGACGGAAUAUAUGUUCGGGCGUCGACGUCAACGUCGCAAUCGCACGACCUUCACGCCCCAACAGCUACAGGAGCUGGAGGCCCUCUUUCAGAAGACCCACUACCCGGAUGUAUUUCUACGCGAGGAAGUGGCUUUACGCAUUAGUCUGAGCGAAGCGCGAGUGCAGGUUUGGUUUCAGAACCGACGCGCCAAGUGGCGCAAACAGGCGCGCCUGCAGCUACUGCAAGAUGCUUGGCGUAUGCGCUGCCUGAGUCUGGGAACUCCUCCCGUCCUAGCUGGUGGCGGAGGCGGUGGCAAUCGUGUGCCACCCCCGACAACGGCUGGCGGACAAACGCCCGAAAAUCUCUCGGCUGGAAAUGGCACAUCGGCCACAAAGGACUCGCACAGCAGUGGUGGGGAAAUGGGUGCGGAUAAUGGCGCCACCAGCUUCACUAUGAUGCAUCCAGCUUUCCAGCAUCAACAACAACAACAACAACAGCAGCAGCAGCAACAACAACAGCUCCAGCCGCCUCCCCAUGCACGUGAUAUGGGCAAUGGGAAGUUGUCCAAAACCUAUACAGAACUGAAGCUCUACAAAGAUCCCUCGCAUGGUGGCUCGCAACUGGAUGCCGGCAUCGGGGCUGGUGUGGGCGUCGCUGCUCUGUCGCCAGAAUCCGAGGAUAAUUCCGAUGGUUCAGAUUCUGAGGAAAUCGACCUAACAUCUGGGGCUUGCAUCGAUUUCUCGCAAAGCAGCAAACUACAACAACAACAACAGGAAGCACAGCAACAAACAGCGUUGGCACCACCGCCACAAACCGCCAAUGGCGUGCACUAAAUCGUAUAUAGUAUAGUAUAUAUACAUACAUACAUAUAUAUGGAGAGUCUGUACAUUUAAGCCGAUAAAUUCUUAUGUAUUCACGUGAUUUUAAUGUGCA